UAAAGGCGGCCUUGUUGGCAUUUGGGUUGGGAUCUGAGUGAGAAGAGGCCGGCCACAGGAGGGCUGGCGGAAGGGGGGGUCCCCGGGAACCCCCAGGUGGGUAAGGGGCGCAGGGGACCGCGCGGCGAUAGGGGUUAAGGCGCCUGGCGGGCUGCGAAGUAGUCCCGGCCCGGCGCCCGGCCCCGCCCCUGCAGGGCGGAGGGACGCAUCACGCAGGGGUGGGGAAGCAGGAUCCGUGCGCAGGGUUGCUAAGGGUGAAACUUUUCAUUGACUUUGCUCACUUCGGGCCGGGGCGCGGGAAGGUGCGGGUCCUCGCCGGAGAGAAGCGAGUGGUUUGGGCGACGCGGGGCCAGAAGGGCAGGACCGCCCGCGAUACGAGCCGCCCUCCGGUCCGACAUCCCCGCGCCGUCGCCGCCGGCCUUCCGUCCCCUCUCCGCCGAGCCUGACCUCCAAAAAGCUGAAAGAAUUAUUAUUGAGAGUCAUAGCCCCAAACUCCCUCACUUGUCCCCCAACCCUCAACGAAGAAAAGGACCCAUCAGCCUCCUGUCCAGCAGCGCCCAGAAAGGAAGAGCGACAUCCGCCCCGCGCCCAGGACCACCCUGGAGGGAGAAGCCGCCCAGCCACCGCGGAGACCCGAAGCUGUCUGGAGCCCAAGGCUGCCUUCCUUCCAUCACCUGCCACUGCCCUCGGCUUGCAUACACGUGCCCGAAGCUGAUCUGCUGCCUCGGAGGGGACCAUGCAGCUGGAGAUCAAAGUGGCCCUGAACUUUAUCAUCUCCUACUUGUACAACAAGCUGCCCCGGCGCCGGGCAGACCUGUUCGGGGAGGAGCUGGAGCGGCUCCUGAAAAAGAAAUACGAAGGCCACUGGUACCCCGACAAGCCCCUGAAGGGCUCUGGCUUCCGCUGUGUUCACAUCGGGGAGCUCGUGGACCCCGUGGUGGAGCUGGCGGCCCGGCGGAGUGGCCUGGCUGUGGAGGAUGUGCGGGCCAACGUGCCUGAGGAGCUGAGUGUCUGGAUUGACCCGUUUGAAGUGUCCUACCAGAUCGGCGAGAAGGGGGCAGUGAAAGUGCUGUACCUGGAUGACAGCGAGGGCUGUGUCGCCCCAGAGCUGGACAAGGAGUUCAAGAGCAGUUUCAACCCCGACGCACAGGUCUUCGUGCCCAUCGGCAGCCAGGACAGCUCCUUGUCCAACUCCCCGUCGCCGUCAUUCGGCCAGUCGCCCAGCCCCACCUUCAUCCCCCGCUCUGCCCAGCCCAUCACCUUCACCACCGCCUCCUUCGCGGCCACCAAGUUUGGCUCCACCAAGAUGAAGAAGGGGGGAGGUGCUGCGAGUGGUGGUGGGGUGACGGGCGGCGGGGCCAGCGGCCCCCAGCCUCCCCAGCCUCAGCCCCGCCUGGCCCGCUCCCCCACCAGCAGCCUGCUGAAGCACAAGAGCCUGUCUCUGUCCCUGCACUCGCUGAACUUCAUGGCGGCCACCCCGGCCCCUCAGUCCCAGCUCUCCCCCAAUGCCAAGGAGUUCGUGUACAACGGCGGGGGCUCCCCUAGCCUCUUCUUCGAUGGGGCCGACAGCGGGGCCAGCGGGGCCAGCUCAUGCAACAGCAGCAGCUUCGACGUGGCCCAGGUGUUCGGGGGCGGUGCCAACAGCCUCUUCCUGGAGAAGACGCCCUUCGUGGAAGGUCUCAGCUACAACCUGAACACCAUGCAGUAUCCCAGCCAGCCCUUCCAGCCCGUCGUGCUGGCCAACUGACCGCCCGUGACCACGGAAAAGAGAAAGGAAAAGAAAGGCCAAAAAAAGAGGAAAAGAAAAAUACACAAAAAGAUUUCCAGUCUUCUCACUCUGGCUUCUAGAAAAAAAAAGAUCCAGCCCAGGCAUGGAGUGGGAGGGGGCUCCUGAAGCAACCCCCUGCUGUUUCCCUGCCUGCCUCUGAUUUAUUUGGUUGGUUUGGGUUUUAUAUUUUUUCUUUCUUUUUUUUUUUUUCUUUUUCUUUUUCUUUUUUUUCUUUUUUUUUUUUUUUUACGUGUAGUUUUCUAUAUAACAUCUUUAAUUAGCGGCUUCCUGUGCUAAGAAUGGUCCAGAUGUGAAUUGCUGCUCCCUGCUCCCUCCCUCCCUCUCCUUCACAUGCCUGGUUUAGGAUUGGUGUGUCCAAGCUCAUAGGGAAGGAAGAGCCACAGCUGGGGCCUGACCCUGCCCACAGCAGGGAGAGGUUGCCCUGUGUCACUGCCUCUGUCCCCCAGCUCUGCUUUCACUCAAAGCCAUCCAACCUCAGCAGGCCUUCUGGGCCCUGCCACCCAAAUAGGUCUGACCCCAGUCCCUGCUCCCUCUCAGGCCUGAGCCACAGGGAGCUGCUGGCUGUCUACUGGACACUCUCCCGCUAGAGCUGAUGUCUGUGGCUCCGGGGAGGUUAGCACUCUGUCUAGUGGAAUUGCUUUCAUCUCUGUCCUGUGGCCCCACACCACCACCACCACCUCCCCCCCCCCCCCCCCCGCCCAGACCCCCACUGUGGCCCUGGAGACCCAGCCAUUGACACUUGUGGCCUCUCGUGCAGCCCCUUCUUCCCUGGGCCUGAGGUUGUGGGGAAGGAGGUGGGGCGGGGGUGUGUGCAUGCACGUGCGUGGUUUGCUGUCCUGUUUUAAAGGAUUCCAAGCCAUGUGAACCCCCGCCCCCAACAUGAUUCCAGGUUGUGGGAAGUGCUUAUUUAUGUAGGAGGUUGGGGAACAGCGGGUGGGUUGUCAGUCCUUUUGUAGGGUGGGUCACGUGUUGGCUGAGCCUGAGACACUCCCAGGGGAAAAUACUACAGAAGGAACUGGUUUCCAGACUGCGGAGGGAUCUGCACUUUUAUUUUUGACCAAAAAAAGGGGGGAGAUGGCUGUGAUGGGCUGAGCGAAUACCAGCCUACCAGCCCCUGAUGCCGAAGACAAGUCCCCGGACUCAGACCCUCCUGUUUCGUGACCUUUACCCAGGGUGGGAGCUGCUCACCUGAGCACCCUGGGGGUGGGAGUUUGGGGUCAGUGCCUAGAGUGGGCAGUCCUGAGCCUUGAACUGAGACUUCUUAGUCCUUUGUUUGUAGAUGUUAUUUGAGUAUGUUUCUGCCCCUGCCUGCGUGAGAACUUCUUGGUACCUUUUGCCAUCCCCUCACUGCCCGACCCGACCCCACUGGGCCUCGAUGCUGUGAGGAGGGGUCUCUCUCGGGCAGGACGCCUUGGGCAGGUGGUUUGGCCAUAGCAGGUGGUAUGCGUGGAUUACGGGAGCGCAGCAGCUCCCGUGUCUGCCAGGAGAGAAGUUUCUCCCACCUGACCCCAGUGAGCCAGCUUCCACGCAUGCCGUGAUGCUUUGGCUGGUGGGCCACAUGGCAUCAGGGCCCUCCAUCACCAAAAAGUACCAAAGCCCUCGGCACCCCACCCCACCCUCCUCAAUGUCCCCAAGUGGGGCGACCGCCGUGGCAGUGGGUCCGGCCCAGACAGACACUGCCAGUCUCCUCCCCCUGCAAUGGGCACCAGCUCUACCUCCCCCAGAGGGGCAACGCCCUGGCUCCUCAGCCCAGUAUCCUCUGUCCCCUAGAUUUCUCAGGGGCCAGCCCAGUCUGGGCUUCCCUCUCCCUAGCCCUCAGCUCCCACACAGGUGACAGGCCCAGGCAGAUGGCUGCUCUCUGGGAAAGGUUGGAUGCUGCCUUAUUUAUGCCCUCUUCCGGCCCCCUUUCCCUUACACUCACAUACACAGGUACCCACCACCCCCGGUUGGCUUGUUUCUCACCACAUCUAGGGAGAGGGGAGACCAACCCCUUAGUGUCUUUUGAAAUACGAAGAGAAAUGUAUGUUCAGGAGCAUGACUCCCGUGCUGGACUCUUGGGCCCAGUUCAGUCUGUCUCGUCUCAAAUCUAGGCAUUUUUGCUUCAAUUUUAUUUUUUUUAAGGAAACAAAAACCUGCACUAAUUUACCUGGUUUCGUAGGAAAACUUUUUUUUAUUUUUUACAUUUUUUGGUGUCCGUUUGUAUUGAAUAAUUUGCUACAUUUGUAAAAUGUAAGAGGUAUAUAUAAUAUAUGUAUAUUUCUAACGUAAAAAAACGUAAUUUUUUUCUUUUCAAGAUUUUUUCUUAAAAAGAGGAGAGAAACAGAUAUUUUUUCAGGAAAAACAAACUUUAAAAUAAAAAAAGAGGAGAAUUAAACCUAUCUCCCCUUUCCCUAUCCUCUCUCUGUCUGCCCCUCUUUCCCAGGAACCAAUCAAAAGGUGGACCGUCUUGUAAAGAAUGUAAACUUUUAGUCCAGAAUGAUGUAUUUUUCUCAAUGCAGUGAGCUAUAGAUUCUCUAGUUUGACCCCUAGGGAUGGGAAGGAGGGCAUUGAGGCAAUGUGGAGAGGAGCUUGGGGGAGCAGGGUAAUGAACUUGUUUUCUUUAGUGAAGGAGGAAUACAAUCAGGCGUUUUGUAUUCAGAAUGUUGUGCAAUAUUUUGGAAUGGGACAUUGGUGUGUUUAGAGAUUUAGUUUAAAAACAAAAAGAUUGAUCAAAUCUGUACAGUUUAUAUUGUUCCAGAUUUUUUUAAGUUUGUAUUAAAAGCAUGAUCUAUAACA